UGGAGUUCAGGGAAUAGGAAUAUCUACAGGAAAGCUGGAUAUGUAUGUUGCUGUUGCUGGCAUAAACCCUCAAAGAUGAAAGAGGCACUAUCAGCAUUGACAUGUACAUGUGAUUUUAGGCAUGAACCAGGAGAGUGAGAGUUUUAGUGUGUCGUGUUUAGAAUUUACCGAUAUCUUUUUCCCGUUCCAGCAAGUAUUCCUGAUUGUGGGGAUUCUUCCAGCAAUGCUAGAUAUUGGUACUAACAACGAGAAGUUACUUAAUGAUUCUCUUCGAUUUAUUGGAGUUGAGGAGUCCCACAAUCAUUAUGUUCUGUUUGUUUUUCCAUCACUUUUUCAAGGCUGUUCAAUUGGAGUUCCAUCUUCAGAUGGAAGUCGUAUUCUUGGCCUCGGUGACCUUGGAGUUCAGGGAAUAGGAAUACCUAGAUUGGAGGGAGAAGAGUAUCUAUCUAUUGUUGAUGAAUUUAUGGAAGUCGUGCAUACAUGUUGGCCUAAAGCUAUUGUUCAGUUUGAGGAUUUUCAAAUGAAAUGGGCUUUUGAAACAUUACAACGUUAUCGUAAGAGGUUCUGCAUGUUCAACGAUGACAUACAAGGAACUGCUGGUGUUGCUCUCGCUGGACUAUUGGGAAAUGUGAGAGCUCAAGGGCAGCCAUUGAGUGAUUUUGUUAACCAAAAGAUAGUAGUGGUAGGGGCUGGAAGGAACAAGGAUGAAUAAUCAAUGAAAAAGGAAUGAAGAGGUUUAUCCAUGCAAGCUUCAAACCAAAGCCAAGGAUGUCGAUCCUUCCAGGGGAGUCCAAAGUUCUCCCUUAUUUUUCUCCCUUUAUUUUGAUUUUCAAAAGUUUGCAAUUUUUUAAGUGGGGGUGGGCAAUUGCUUGCAUGUUUAGUCUAAACUUGGAGGUUCAAAUUUUGCCAAAUUUCAAAAUUUCUAAAAAAAAUUUCCUUACAAUAAUGAGCACUAUACCUUCUUAGAUUACUUAGAUCUUGCAUAAAAAGCAUGACUAGCAACCCUUGAUCACUGAGCUUGGGUUUGUGAUGUAAAAUUCUGAAUGUUGAUGAGUAUAUGUGCUGAAAUUUGAGAAUAA